AUGUCAGGAAUGCUGUCACUAGGCCCUGGAGCUCCAAGAGGAGAAUAUUACCCCUUCUUAGAUCUCGAGAGCAGUAUCCUCAGAUCCUCCCCGAACUCUUCUGUAGAACCUAAGCUUUCGUCUCUGUAUGUGGGAGCAAAAGAGGGUGAAGAAGCGCAAAGUCAAACUAAAUAUGAUCUUGUCAAAGCUUUGUCUUAUGGAGACGGUACCGGUUGUGUUGAACUUGUAGAUUUCAUGACGGAGCAUGUCAAGAAAAUUCACAGGCCUAUAUAUCGGGACUGGCAAUGUAUUCUAACAGGUGGUAACACCCUUGCUCUUGAUAUAGCGCUUCGUAUGUUUCAUAAACGUGGUAGUUUUCUUCUAACUGAAGAGUAUACGUAUACAAGUGCCCUCGAGACUGCAGAGCCUCUAGGUAUUCAUGUUAUUGGGAUUAAGAUGGAUAAUGAUGGACUGAUACCUAGCGAGAUGAACUAUAUCCUCGAACAUUGGAGCCCUGAGGAUCGGGGUGGUGCCAAGCCGCAAGUUCUUUACACUAUCCCGACAGGUCAAAAUCCAACCGGAGUUACAGCCAGUCGUGCUCGUCGAGAGGAGAUAUAUGCCGUCGCGCAAAAACAUGAUAUCUAUAUCAUAGAAGAUGAUCCAUAUUACUACCUCCAAUUACAGUCCACUUCCGAAUUAAAAGAGCCUUAUGACUUCCAGGAAGCACUCAAUCAUCUGCAUCUUCCAGCCUCGUAUCUCAGCAUUGAUACUGAUGGCCGCGUACUGAGAAUGGAUUCUUUUUCCAAGAUCAUUGCUCCAGGAGUUCGCAUGUCGUGGAUCACAGCCUCUGAACAAAUCAUCGAACGCGUUUUCCGUACCCAUGAGGUCUCUCUUCAGAGUCCCAGCGGCUUUUCGCAAAUUCUGGUAUACAAAUUACUCUCUGAGCAAUGGGGACAGGUGGGGUUUCUCAAUUGGAUUACAGGUCUCCAGGUUUUGUACGGGGAAAGACGGGAUGCGCUGGUCUUGGCUUGCCAGGAAUACCUGCCUGAUGACCUGGUCUCAUGGGUCACACCGACGGCAGGGUUCUUUAUCUGGCUUAAAAUUGAUCAUCUCAAACACCCUCUAUCCCAGCAAUUAGAGCCAAGUGCUAUUGAAGACUUGAUAUACGUCGAGUCAAUAAAGGAGCGGGCGCUAGUACUCCGGGGGAGUUGGUUUAGAGCCGAACCAAGUGCUCGAAUGGAGGAGGUAAAUUUCAGAAUUACGUUCGCCUCUUCGACAUUUGAAGAGAUGGAAUUAGCGGUGAAACGUUUUGGCUCAGCCCUCAAGAAGUGUUUUGGUAACCUCGAGCAAUCCAUAUAA